ACAGAUCAAAGCAGGCAAAGUUUUGUAUGCCUUUAAAGAAAUGUUUUUAAAUGGUAUCCUGGCAAAUUUACUCGGAAUAUGCAUCACCAAAAAGUGUUGCUUACGAUUUUUCUAUUGCUGGAAUUGUUUUCGAGAUUCGAUUGCAUUCACUAUGAUAAGCACUCCAUGGCCAGUUUGUAUGCGGAUGGGGGAAGCAAAUGUGCCGAUGAGGGUGAUGACAAGAAAAAAACUUGCAGCGAGGCUAGAACGCUGGGCAAGGGCGAUCCCAAGUCGAAGGCGUCGAAUAUUGCUCAGAAGGCGGCCCAAGAGGCGAAAGCCGCUUCUGACGCACAGAUGGCGGCCGCCGAAGCAGCCGCCACCCAGGUUAAAACAGAACUCGCGGAGAGAGCAGCCCAAUCGGCAAGGGCUGCAGAAGCCGCAUUGGCCGGCAAACAGCAAAUUGUUGAGCAACUGCAGCAAGAAGCCACCGAGGCGGAUGCGGUUGUUGUUGAGGUCACUGCCUCGUUGCAAAACACUCAGAGCAAUGCGAAUGCAGCCACAGCGGCGGCCACCGAGGCACAAAAUCAACUCACUCAGCUAAAGCGUCUGGUCAGUGCAGCAACUGCGAAUUUAGCCAACAUUGAGAAUGUGGCCAAUGGGGCACAAAAUGAGUUGGCCGAGAAAACACAAUUGUUGGAGGCGGCGAAGAAUCGUGUAGACCAUCUGAAUCGUCAGUUAACUGAUGCCAAACAGGACUUUGAGAGAACAAAAACGGCUGCCUAUAAAGCAGCUUGUGCUGCAGUGGAGGCCAAGCAAAAGGCACAAAGGAAUCGUCGAAUGGCAGGUCGCAAACGUAGCUUGCAUCGAAAACCCGCUAAAUACAUGAAAACAGAAAAGGGUUGAGUUGCCCUUAAUGAUUAUUUAUAUUUUUGUACAUUUACUUUAUAAUUGGAUUUAUA